AUGGCCGCUCCCAGCUUCCCACUCUCCAAUUUGGCCGGCAUGGCCAUGUAUGUCCUGCCCGAGUCCGAGGAUAUCCUCGCCGACUGGGAUCCUGCUGAUCUAGUUUCGGCCUCUGCCACCUUCUUCUCGUCCUUCGCUGUUGUUGGGUUCGCGAACACCCUACCCCAUCCAUCUCCUACGGCCACCCCACCUCCUCCACUUGUUACGACCAAUCAAUCUCCUCGACCUGCUGCGAGCCCCCGAGCCGGUCGAAACCCUACGAGCCCCCGAGCCACUCAAUCUCCCACGACUACCUUCGACCCAGAGCCCAUUCACAAUGGCUCGACUCCAAUCAUCAAAAACCCAGUCAACCAGAGCUCAGUUAUCGACCUGACUGGUGACAGCGACGACUCCGACAAGGCUAACACCCCCGAGACAGCCGCCAAGGGUGAUGAAGCCCUGAAGAAGUUCCACCAAGGUUUGAAGAGGAAGAAUUUUGACUGGCUGAAAGACCCCAAGAACACUGUGCCUGCGACCAAGAAGGCAAAAGUCUCUCAGACUCCCGUAAAAGGCAGCGUGGCUCCAAUGCCGAAGAAGAAGUCAACCAAGGGUCUUGUGGCCCCAAUGCCAGGGGCAAAGUCGACUAAGAAUAAGGGAAGUGAUGAGAAGGAGUUUCGCCCUCUGUCUUGGUAUGAAGAGUGGCAGUUGGGCAUGACCCAGACUCGCGUUCGUGGAUCCCUCGGGGGCAUCUUUGCCCUGAAAGAGCCCGAGGGGCCAAUUGUCACUGAGCUGGAGACAUAUAAUCCAGCUAACGAGAUCCUUGCGAAUUUGCUUGAGACGGAGGGCAGCACCACCCAAGAGAACCUUCACCAGAAGAAAGGUAACAAGAAAAACACCACAAAGAAAUCUGCUGAGGAUGUUUAUCAUCCUACUGAUGAUGACCUGGCGCGUAUGGUGGAGGAAGAGCUCGCGGCUGGGGCUGAAGAGCCCUAUAACCCUAGUAAUGAUGAGCUUGCUAAGAUGAUGGAAGAAGAGCUUGAGGCUCAGACUGAGGACUCGGAGUAA